AUGCCUAAAUAUGUAAAGUUUAUGAAGGAGAUUCUGUCUAACAAGAGGAAGAUGGGAGAAUAUGAAACUGCAGCAUUGACUGAAGAGUGUAGUGCUAUUUUGCAAAGAAUGCUCCAACAAAAGAUAAGAGAUCCUGGUAGUUUUACUAUACCAUGCACCAUUGGGGAGUUUGAAUGCAAGCAUGUGUUGUGUGAUUUGAGGGCAAGUAUAAAUUUGAUGCCAUUGUCAGUAUUUCGCAGACUUGGAUUGGGAGAAGCGAGGCCCACGACAAUGACAUUACAGCUGGUAGAUAGAUCAGUCAAGCACCCAAGAGGUAUUAUAGAAGAUGUGUUGGUAAAGGUGGAUAUGUUUAUUUUUCUGGCAGAUUUUAUUGUUCUUGAUAUGGAGGAGGAUGAGAAUGUCUCAAUUAUUAUGGGGAAACAAUUUGUAGCAACUAGGCAAGCUUUAAUAGAUGUGAAAAAAGGAGAAUUACAUUUGAGAGUACAAGAGAAUUUAUGCUAUGUAUAUCUUGGAGAAAAGGAAACCCUUCCAGUUAUAGUAUCUACAUCUCUUACUGAGGUAGAGGUGGAGAAGUUAUUAAGGGUAUUAAGAGUUCAUAAGACUGCUAUUGGAUGGACUCUAGCUGACAUAAAGGGAAUAAGCCCAUCGACUAUGAUGCAUAGAAUUUUGAUGGAAGAUGAUGCUAAACCGACAAUUAAUGCUUAG